AUGCUGGCAACGCGUCUUCGGCCCAGCAUCUCCCCCUCACUUCUCUCCCGCACCUUUGCUACCUCCUCUGUUCGUCUCAAGGCCCCGUCCAUCAGAGACAUCACCCCAGACAAUGCUGCUACAUUCAAUCAGCGUCAGAAGGAAUUCCGUGAGAAUCUCGAAGCCGCACGGAAGAAAAAGCUAGAGCAAGAGAGUCAGUCGGUUGAUAGUUCCGUUUCUUCUUCUUCUUCCUCCUCCUCCUCCUCUGCCUCCACGGGUUCCUCUGCUUCCGUUGCUCGGCCCACGGGCGACGCAAGCGGAUCGGCCACCCGCCCUGUCAUCGAUGCUGCCGAUCAUUUGGAUGGCCAGGCCUUGGGCUCACUUUCCACUCACCGGAUUCUAGGAGAAAGACGCCAAUCGGAGCUCAACAGCCAGACCACGAAGCGCGGCCCGCUCUCCAGCCUCAUCUACGGAACCAAAGAGGGCCAGCAGCUCGACAGAGACAUCGAGAGGUCGUUCUCCGAAGUUCUCGCUCGCGGCAAGUACGUUCACUCGAUCGUUUUCCAUAAGGUCAAACCAGACAAGGUCGACGAGUACGUCGAAUUGGUGGGAGAAUGGUACCCCAAGAUGGCGGCUCUCGAAGCCAACCGUGUGAACCUCGUUGGAAGCUGGCGCACCCAGGUCGGAGAUAACGAUACCUUUGUUCAUAUUUGGGAAUAUCAGCGCUACACUGGAUACCAUGGAUCGCUCCAUAACAUUUCGAAGCACCCCGAUUUCCCCAAGUUCGAUCGUCACCUGAAGUCCCUGAUCGAGAGCAAGAACACAUCAUUGAUGCAAGAAUUCUCCUUCUGGCCGACCACUCCACCCCGUCGCCUCGGCGGCAUCUUUGAGCUUCGCUCCUACACCCUGCAUCCGGGCAACCUGUUGGAGUGGGAAAGCCACUGGAGAAAGGGCCUGGCGGCCAGACGUGUGGUGAUGGAGGGAGUUGGAGCCUGGUUUGUGCAGAUUGGCGAUCUCAACACCGUGCACCACCUGUGGCAGUUUGCGGACCUCGAGGAGCGCAAGAAGAGACGCGAGGAGUCCUGGAACAUCGAGGGCUGGGCCGACACGGUGCACAAGACGGUUCCGCUGAUCCAGACGAUGAAGAGCCGUAUCCUCAUCCCCAUGCCGUGGAGCCCGGUGGGGUAA